AUGAAGUGUCCUGCUCACACGAAGCCUCUACCCUCCUCAUCAGCUGAGCUAGUCAGAGUUCUUGUUCUUAAUCUUAAACCUUACUCUGGGUACAUCUUUAAACUGAGUAGCUCCGGACAGGAUUCAGCCUUCUCUGCAGAUAUAUUGACACUUGCUGAGGGUCGACCUGGAAGUCCUCCCCUACUGCUGAGUGUACGCCAACUACCCCAGGAUAGAGCUGUAGUGGAGUUUACCCAGCCCCAGAUACCAAAUGCUAAAAUAAUAUCAUAUUCUCUGACCUAUUCGGCAGUUAACUUUACCUCUGUGGAGAAAGGAAAAGAUAUUAUUCCACUUGAAGGUACUGAACAUCAAAGUUACAUAAUUGAAGGAUUAACCUGUAAUACAACUUAUAGAAUAGAGAUCAAGAAUAGAGAUCAAGGUACACAGAAUUAUAUUAGAUUAUACCAAGGUACUGAACAUCAAAGUUACAUAAUUGAAGGAUUAACCUGUAAUACAACUUAUAGAAUAGAGAUCAAGGCUAAAUCACUUUUUGGGACAAGUGAACCUGGUUUUACCUUAUUUGAAUAUAUUUGUCCAGAAAGAAUUGAUGCCAAGAGUAUACCUUGGGCCUUGGUUGCAAUGAAUCAGUCUGUUUACAAAAAAGAUCUUCGCCCUAGUAAACAAUUUGAGGCCGUCAUUCUUUUAUCUCAGUUUGAUGAAUUUAUCAAGUGCCUGGAUGUGCAUCAAGAAUACAGGUUUAUGUUUAUUGUGACUGAAAGUGGAAAACUUUUCAGAGAAUCUAUUUUUAAAGAUUACGAAGAGACAAGAGACCAAUUUGUACUUAAUACAGGAGAAGAUCCUGUAGAGUAUAUAACAGUGGACUGGUUGUACGACAAAUUAUAUAUUUUAAAAAGAAUAGAAACAGGAAUUUCAGCUUUUAGCCAGGAUUGGAUAAUUGAUAUCUGUGAGCUGGAUGGAUUAAAGUGUAAGAGAAUGCAGCAUUUUUUUACCAGAAAACCACAACACUUACAGGUUGAUCCGUUCCAUGGUUACCUGUACUGGGUGGAUAAGGACGAAUAUGAUUCUCUUCUCCGGGUUAACCUGACACACACAGGCUGCUCCGUAUAUCCACAGCUUAUGCUCAAGAGCUUAAGCUUAGGCCCGUUUGUAGUUUCCUUUACAGAUUACUCUGUAUAUAUACCAGUACUAGACAGAAACAUGAUGUUUCAAGUUUCUCUUAAACCACCCUUCAAGGUGACGGUGCUUAACGAGACCAGAACGGGUACCCGGGGUUUUGAUGAUGUCGAUGCUAUAGUCAGAUAUAAUAAUAUUUUCUACUGGACUUCAUCACAAGGUUCCCCCGUCCUCUAA